GAUUUUGGCGCGAAACGAAAUUCUGUGUUUAAUGCUUUAUAGUCGCAGGCUUUGCAGCCUAACAUCGAAACAAAUUCAAGAUUAAAUCGACGGAAAUGCAGCCAAAGAUCAACGCUUUCUUCAAGCCGUCGCCUUCUUACCCACCGAAAUCAUCUCCAUUUUCCGGUGAUUUAUGUGACGUUAUUGCCGGAAAAUCAACCGCAGAACCAGAACCCGACAUCUCCUGCAAACGCGCGCAUUCUGGUCGUCUAGAAGGAGAAACAUCAAAAGGGCAUGAACUUGAGGACAAGCAUACCAAAUUGAAAGGCAAGAGCAGCGAAGUUCUAAACAAGAAGAGAAAUUAUGCACAGAUGUUUUUAAAAGUUGGACAGUCCGAUUUUCUAUUGCAUACAUGUAAAGUGUGUAGUUUCCAGUAUGCUGCUGGUGAUGAAGAAGAUGAAAAAGUCCACAGAACAUUUCACAAGAACUACACCCAUGGGUUACCUUUUAAGGGUUGGCGCAAUGAAAGAGUUAUAGAUGAACUCGACAAGGGGCGCAUAAUCUUGGUGCAAGAUGGUGAUCCUCCAUCUCAGUUCAAAAAGGUUGAAGAUGUUGUGAGGAUGAUGGAAACAGAGCUUGGAGAGGGGUGGAUACUAAAUAAGCGGAGUAAGGUAUAUCUAUUUAUUUCAUCGCAAAGAGUAUGUGGAUGUCUAGUUGCCGAGCCAAUAAUAAAGGCCUACAAGUUACUCUCAAGCUCACUGGGUGAUCAAAAUCACCUUCCUGCCAAGGAAAAAAAGAGGACCUCUUCCACCCUUCAAUUUGGGGUUGUUAGUCUACAGAGGGAAGUCAUAAAAAAGGAACGUUUCAAACAUCCAGACGAAGGAACUCAUGAUGGAAUGGUUUUGUGCAAGAACGAGGCUGUACCAGCUCUUUGCGGUAUUAGAGCCAUUUGGGUCUCUCCUUCUAACAGAAGGAAGAACAUUGCUAGAAGUUUGCUUGAUGCAGCAAGGAAUAGUUUCUGCACAAGCAUGGUUCUCAACCAUACAGAUUUAGCAUUUUCUCAACCAACCACGCUGGGGAAAGCUUUGAUGUCCAGCUACACAAGAACAAAUUCUUUUUUGGUCUACACGACUGCUAAUAUGGACUAGAGGUUAUUUAAAUUUUCUUUUUAAGUUAUGAUUCUUUUAAAUUCUUCUUCCAAAUCUAGUCUUGCUACUUCCCUUUUAAGUUUUCCUUCCCAAUUUUUGUUAUAUGGUCUUAUUUUUCAGUUUUUACUGAACAAGGUAUAUAGAUUCUUUGAAUGUUGAAAUAUCUUAGUUUCAACUUUAUGAUAGUUAGAAAAUCUGUUUGAAAUAGUUUGUCGUGUUUGAUCAGGUAAUGACUUGAUAACUUCACAAUGAAAUGAAGAAAUAAAUUCCUUUGA